CUCUCGAAUCUCCCGGAAGUUUCAUUUUUGAAUUUGAAGCUAGCUGUCAUUAGCACUUGAGGACUACAAAUGUUAAUUGGUUGUCUUUUACACUUAUUUAAGUAAUAUUUAGACUAUUAUAAGUAUUGGUGCAACGAUGUAGCGAAUCACGGCACUACGACCUUUUUUAGGGUACUAUGAGUUCCCUAACCACGCAGCUUCCUGCACCAGCCUCAUCAUGCAGGACUUUACCUGGGGAAGGCAAUCAGGUGCAGCCUAAAGCUCCGCUCCUCCAGAUCCUGCGUGUCGCUGGCGCACAGGAAGAAAUCUUCACUUUGAAAGAGGUGAUGCAUUACCUGGGCCAGUACAUCAUGGGGAAGCAGCUGUAUGACAAACAAAGACAGCACAUUGUCCACUGUCAGGAUGACCCUUUGGGAGAGCUACUGGAAGUCGAGAGCUUCUCCGUCAAAAACCCAAGCCCUGUGUACGAAAUGCUGAAGAAGUACUUAGUAGUACUAGACGCUGCUGAGAAUGAGUCUGUGCGCCGCGAGUGUGUAGGGGGCGGAGUGGAGGACCGUGGUCAGGGCUGUGGGGGUGUGGUCAAAGCAGAGGGUCCUCUCCUGCAGACCCCCUCCCAGCGGCGCCCGCGGGACCCAGAUGAUGACUCGUGUGACGGCCUCCCGCGCUCUGCCUGUAAACGACCCAAACUGGACGUGUCUCUGGAUGACUGGGACCUCUCCGGGCUGCCCUGGUGGUUUUUGGGUAAUCUCCGGAACAACUACAGCCGACGGAGCAACGGGUCCACGGACAUUCACACUAACCAGCUGUCUCCUGCUCAGGAGGAGGACACGGCAAUCGUCUCAGACACUACAGAUGAUCUUUGGUUCCUGACGGAGGCAGAGAGCGAGCAGCGCAGUGUGGAAAUGAAGGAGGCAGCGCUGGAGGAGUGCAGUGGAGAUACAGACCCUCCCCCUGACGAUGAGGAGGUCGCCCGGGACGACAAGGAACACAAGGAGAUGGAGGAAGACCCAGAGGACGACUCCCAGUGUCUGAGUGAUGACACAGACACGGAGAUCUCCACGCAGGAUGCCUGGCAGUGCUCUGAAUGUCGUAAGUUCAACACACCUCAUCAGAAAUACUGCGUUCGCUGUUGGGCCCUCCGCAAAAACUGGUACAAGGACGUCCCUCGCCUCGCCCACUCCCUUUCUGUCCCUGACAUCCCAGCAUGCACCUCUUCUCUCUCUGCCCACGACGAUGAAGAUUAUGACAGUGACGCAGGCAUUGACGUUCCAGACUGUAGCCGAACCGUUUCCGACCCAGUAAUUCUCCCCUCUCACUCCACCGAGGAUCGCCCACUACCACCUCCAGGCUCCAAGGGUAAGGGGCCGAGGAUGUGCGCUCUACCCAGGGACCAGCAGCUCUCGGUAGGGGACGGAGACAGCCAGGAGAGUCUCGACAUGGAUGUGGAGGUUAAGCCCGAAGCACUAUUGGAGCCUUGUAAGCUUUGUAGGGUAAGGCCUCGAAAUGGGAGUAUAAUCCAUGGAAGAACAGCACACCUGUUAACUUGUUUCAACUGCGCAAAAAGGUUACACAAAUUCCACGCACCAUGUCCAGGAUGUGGUAAGAUUAUACAAAAAGUUAUCAAAAUGUAUGUGGUCUAGAAUUCUAUCCCCCUUCUAGGAAUAUUUGGCCCUACAAGUAAUUUUAAUGGACGUAAAUGGGCCUAGAGCAGGACAAAAUCAGGUAUAAAUACUAUAAAAGACUAGCUCGGGCUUCAACUUUAAAACACAUUCUGGACUUACCCAGGACUGAGCCAUUUCUAAACAGAGUAUAAACUAGAUAAAAAUAGGUCAAGCCAGUUCAAACUAGAGCAAAACCAGGACUAACCCAGGUCUAAAAACCUAGGAAGUACUUACAAGUACUUUCUCUGGAUUUAACCAAGAUUAAUUGCUAGCACCUCCAACCGUCCUAAGAUAGUCCUGGUUUGGACCUAAUUUUCACAUAACGGAAACUGACUAGUACUAAAAAUAACUCAUGAACUAAACCAGGACUAAUCUAGGUCUAAAACAGGACUAGCCCAACCCAGAGAUACAGCGGCACUAAACCAAGACUCAAAUAACAGCUCCAUAAAAGGACUAGAUUGUUUUUAAACUAGGACUAGUUCAGAACUAAACCGGGACAAAAUGGUGUUGGAAGAGGACUUUUAAUAAAGGAGUAAAUAAAAACUAACCCAGAACCAAUGCAGGACUAAACCAGGACUAGCACAACCCAAAACUACAGCAGGAGAAAAAAAAGGUCUAAAUUAAAGUGACACUAAACCAGGUGUCAGCCAGGAACUCACAAAUCACAAAACUAGGACUGAAGUGGCUCUUAAAAUUUCAAGACUUAAUCUAGACUUGGAAGUACUAAAAACUUAUUCCACUAAAAGCACUCGCACCACUGUUUGAGAAGCACUGCUGCAGAAAAUAAUACUUAAAAUCUAAUAGUGCAUGUGGCUCCCACAAAGCAACCAAUGUCCACCUAACUCCCCGCUCGCGCCUUAGAAAGUAUAGCACUUCUUGAAGCUGGUUAAUUUUGCAUUACACUGCCACUCAUUGUAUUGUUGAAACCAAAUGUUGAUUACGGUGCCACAUGUGAAUACUGGCCACUUUAUUAGGUACAGCUCUAAAUGCUAAUAGUAAUGUAUAGAUGUAUCAAUUCUCAAAUUGUCUACAUACAACUAUAUUAUUAUAUAGUUGUCUGUAGACAAUUUGAGUAUCAGAAUUGAGAAGAAAGCUGAGGAGAUUUUAAAGGUACUGCUCAUCUCCAUGGAAUUGUUAUUGCUUUGAACAUUAAGAACACCUCUCAACAGAUCUGAACUGUAACUUGGCCUGGUGGCAUUUCUUGUUACGGUUUAGAUAUUUGAUUAAGAACCUAAUAAAGUGGCCACUAGAUGUAAAUUUACUACAAAUAAAGGGAUUCAGAUGAACAGACUAUUUAUUUAUAUGAAGCCAGUAUCGCAGAGUAUUUUGUGUGACCAUUGCAUUGUACAUAGAAAACCUAUUUGCUUACAUAUAUAUAUAGAACUCUGCAAAAAAUGUCUACAUGAGUUAAAGGGACUUGACUUACUAAUAUUAAUCUUUAUUUGAUUAGAUUUCAGAUCCUCAUUUAAAUUUUGACUCGAUACAUAAGAUAAGAAAAAACUUGCUUUAGACUACAGAAUGUGAUUUUCAACAUUACAUUGUAGUACUUUCUGUUAUAUUUCUAUGCGGCCUUAUAUCUGUGUAAUCCCUCAGUGCUAUAGGUAGGUUCCAUACUAGCCUAUGUGCGCUUAUACUUAUUCUGAUACAGCUCAAGAUCAUUCUAAAGCUAUACAGGAAAGGUUAAUUUCUGUCCUGAGACUUUUUAGUAUUGAUAAAUGCGAAAAAUUAGUAUUUAGUUUUGAUGAUGUGAUCUUCUAUAUUUUUGACAACCCAAAAAUCUCUAGUAUUCAAGAUUAAUAUUCAGAGUUGAAGUCCUUUUAAUAUGUAGGUGUAUUUUUUUGCACUUGAGUUUGUUAAAUGCACCUAUUGAACAUGACAUUCAAAGCACCUGCCUAAUAUAGAUGGUUAUAUGCCGUAGUUAUGUCUGAUUGGUGAACUAGGGUUGCCUUUUGUAUAUAGCUCUUUACCCUCUCUCCCCAUACAUUUCUUGGCUAUUUUAGCAAGAAGAAAACAGAGCAACAGAUGCAUUUCCUGUACAUACGAUUGUUCAUGUAAUAUUGAAUGCAAUGUAAGUAGGUCUAACAAAGCUGUAUGCUGCAACAUAGAGAUUUGAAGCAGAACUCAGUAACUUUUUUUUUUGUUUUUUGUGUGUUAUUACUUAUACUGGGAAUUGGUGCCCUUUUUUAUUUCAGUGGAAGUUCUCAAUAACGACAAUUUAGACCAACGAGCAGUAUUUACGUUGCACUCUAUGGCAAAGAUUUUUUUAAUACAUCCAUGGUAAUCACUUUCUACUUUUUGCAUCCCCAUUGAUUCUUUGUUAUAUCUUCUUUUCUCUUAACAACAAUGAAGCAAUAUGACAGUAUGCAAUCCAGUAUUUAUAUAGAUCUGUUACUGUCUGACAACCUGGAGAAAUUAUUAUAACUUUCGCCACCUUCUCAUCCUAUUGGUUAACCUAUGUCGUGCUCUGAGUGAGUGACAGGCGGAGCUAACCAGUCGCGAUGAAGUGUGGACUCUCAGAAGAACUAAACCGCAAUAUACAUUUUUAUAAUUUUUGCCAUAUUACUCUUUAUUCACCGCAGACAACUCCUUUUUGGGUUAUGAGCAUUUACAGUAUACUUUUGGAUUUAACCAUCAACAAACAGUUAAAACUAAAUGACUGAGUUCUGCUGAAAAUCUGUCAACUGAAGUGAAUGUUCUACAGUGUAAUCUCUAACCUAUUUCUCUUGUAAAAAUCGAAAGUAACCUGCCUCAAAAUGCAACUUAUUAGUGAUUGAAAUGUAACCAUGUAUACUGUUGCCAAGCUCUCAAUGUGCCUGUAAAAAAAAUCAUAAGUAUUUUAAUUAUUUUCUCUUUUAUGGAUCUCUGCUUUCUCCAUGGUCACGGACAAUUGUGCUGUGUUUAAUUUAUUUAUAAUUAUCUUGUUUUAAUAGAGCCUCAUUGUUGUGGUUUAUUUCAGCGUUUCACUGCCAAUUGUAAUGAUUUCUUUGUGCUUUUGUUUUUAAAUUUAUCUUGACCAAACUUUUUUUUUUAGAAGCAAAUGAGAAAGUGAUGAUAUUUUGAUUCUAUGAGUAAUUUUUGCUCUUACUUGCGCUUCGUCUUGCCGCCACUAGAUGGAGCUGUUUUCUGAUGUUAUAUGCACAUAAUAGCAUGGCCCUGUUUUGACUUGAAGAGUGUUAAAGCUAUUUAUGCUAAAAAAUAAGAUACAUGCCUGAGAAAACCACCAUUUUUGUGAAUUCUAGUAAGAUUUACUUCUUUCAAACCUCGCACUAAAACUACACAAUAGCCGCAAAGCUACUGAAGUGAAAACUGUAGUUUUCGUUUUGUCAACAAAUAAAUAUAAUUGUAUAUCAA